CUUCCCCUCCACAUGGUGAUAAAAGGAGGAGGAUGAGCUCCGUGCUGCAGUCUCAACCCGGACACACCUCAGUCAGCAUGUACUCGGAGCAUGAGUGCGGAGUCUGCUACCGGAGCUUCAACGCGGCGCGCCGCUGCCCGCGGGAGCUCCGCUGCGGACACGGGUUCUGCGAGAGCUGCUUGCGGGCUCUGAGCCGCCCCUGGCCGGCGGAGGGCUCCGCGCGGCCGGGGCCGGACAGCCGCAUCGACUGCCCUCUCUGCCGCCACCCCACCCUCCUCCCCGGCGGGGAGGACCUGCGAGCCACGCUCAGGGUGGACGAGAGCGCGCUGGAGCGGCUGCUGGCCGCGGGGCUCCUGGACCAGGAGGAGGAGGAGGACGAGGACGCUCCGGCUCCGGACUGCGACCGGGACGCUCCGCACAGUCCGGCCGAAGAGAGCGACCCUUCCGCGGGUCCCCGCGGCGGGAGGCUCCGGCGGUCCUGGAGGAAAGUUUGUCGGAAGAUUAGAAGCAAAAUGUCUCCAGAAAGAGGAGAUGAAUGCAUGACCAGCGAUGACUUGAGGAGCCUGGCCAUGAUGGCGUGGUGCGCGUUCUGAGCAGCGUCUGAGCAGCACCCGGACACCCUGGAUAAUGUGAAGCCAUAUUUACAUCCCAAGAUUCUCUCCACGAUGAAUAAGGCUCGUCUGCGUCACAUGGACACAGAUUUUCAAAUUAAUUUGUCAGCUUUUUGUUCCUUUUUGGAGUUUUGACCACUUUAACUGAGCUGGACUUAAGCACUUAUGACUUGAUUGCCAUUUCAAGACUAAUUAUGUAAUGUAUUUGAUAUUUAUUAUUUUUUAUUUAUGUCUUUAUUUUUGAAAUUUUGUAUUUAAGUGCAAAUAAAUGCCUUUUAAAACUGUCAAUAUUUUGCGUGGCUGUUGAAUAUUAGUUUUUUGCCUGGAGUUGGUUAAUGGUGGUUUGUGAUUUUGCAGUUUUGGCCUUAUUUAGAGAAGUAAAAUUUAACAACUAUUGCACUUUAUAAGGAAAAUAAAAGAGAGAACUAAAAUAUUUUUGCUUUGAAUGUGAAAAACGGGCCGGAUUCACAAAACAUUCUUAAGAAAAAAAAUCUUCUUAAGUGUAAUUUUUUUUUUUAAGUUCAG